GAACUCAAAUCGCCAGGUGUAGUUUCUACACGGAACGAAAAUAUAGCCUCAAUGUUCAAUACAGAGGCGCGAAGGCUUUGAUGAGCUCGUUUAUUGUAUUUACACUAGUGGACAGUAACAGAUAAGUUACACACCAUGAAUCCACCAAAGAUAAAGCGUCGCCGAAUGGCUGAGCUGGAGCCGUGGAUCGAGAAACUCAUCCAAAACUACGGCCAAAGCCAGUGCGAAACGACUGUAAAAGCCAACGUUGUCGGCGUGUGUGAUAUCUCGGACUCGCAGCGGAUGGAGCACACAGAUGCCUGUAUGCUGUUCAUGUCCGAUGGGAGCGCUGUCAUUCCCGCGGUGCUGAGCGACGCCGCGUGGGAGCGUCUGCAGGACUUGGAGGAGAUGGAGUCUUUCACAGGCCUGCACAAUGCUAUAGUAUAUGUUCGCAGCUUUGAACUGAAGUUCGACAUGAACCCUGAUCUGGCAUCUUGCCAGUUUUACUUGAAAGUCAAUCAAAUGAACAUCAUAUGCAUCGCCUCAAAGCACCACCACCCCCCCAGCUGUACAACUCUCUCAUCAGUCAGAGAUCAGAUCAUAAAGACAUGGAGAUCCCGCAGGGAGGGUUCAGAAAGUUCAGCCUCUGGGGUCUCGCUCUCGUCUCUGUUGGAUGUGUGGCACAAUGACAUUAUAAUAAAUAUUCUGAAUGAUGCAACGGAGAAAAUAACCAUGUCUGCAACAUAUUGUCCAAGUGUGGCGACACCAACCCACUGGCACAGAGAGAGGCUUCACUGGAGGGGACAGGAGCAGUUCAUUGUCCCCGUGCCUUUUCUUCUCAUCCCGGAGGAACAGAGGGAGCUGAUGACAGCUGAUCCCAUGCGCACAGGUGCAGACAGUGAGAGUGAGACGCCAAAUGACUUGGCCCCGCCCCCUGAAGAAUCACAUCCAACCAGCACGUCGAGUGCAAACCAAACAAUGGCCGCUCUGGACGGUAUAAGUGGUUCAUGUCCAGAUGAAGGACCGUCUACUCUUGUACACACAAGACCAGAGGUUUUGUGUGGAACUGGGGAGCUGUCUGGGGAUGGAGAGAGCCCAUGGGAUAUGUUUACACAAGAGCCAGCUCUAUUAGGUAGACGUUCCACCUCAGACUCAAAUGACCCAGAACAAGAAAGUCAAUCGCUUUUAAAGGAAGUCCCCCCAUUGCCUGUAGCAACAAGCACCCAAGCCCAGUUCUCAAAGCAGAUCUCUGGAGGGGUGUCGGUGGACGGCAUUACGCUCAGUCAGAGACCGAAACCGACCCAGUUUAGUUCGUCCCACUCGAGCAAUAAGUCUUUCAGAGACCCCAGUCAGGAGAAAGACAAAGAGCGUGCGCUGAGUCCUCCCUCGUGGCUCGUCCAUAAUACAGCCCCACCCUCUGAACAGAGGCCCCUAGCGUCUCCACCUGCCGGGCCAAAGCCCUCGACAUCUCCACCCACCAAAGCUAGGAAAGUGCAUUCAGAUGGAACGCCUUUUUCCUAUUUGUAUCAUCCACAGCCUCAGGUUGCCACAGCCCUUGGCCAGUUCCAAAUCCCAGGGCAUCUGAUACAGUGGGCGGUGCGUUAUCUGGGGACCUCUGACUGUGCAGAUGUCAGCGCUGAAGCUGGUUCAUAAACCAUUACCUCAAAUGACAUGAUGUUAGUUUUUUUGUUGUUGUUAUACAAAAGUGUUUUGUUUUAUUUAAAUCUUAGGUGUAGUCCAAAAAAAAAAAAAAAAAAGAUAUAUUUUCUAUAAAACCCUAUUGUUAAUGGAUGCUGCUGUCGUAAGUGUAACUUAAUUGCACUGUGUAAAUUGUAAUAAAUGUUAAUAUUCAAAUACUAU